CACCUUAAUUGCCUAAAUAAAAGAAAGUCAAUUCAACUUCACCAACCUGAUCUCCACGUUUUCCUUUUUCGAUGUGUUUAGCCCACGAAAUUAAAAAUCAAGUACCAAUUAGGAUUGUUCUUAUCCGGUUCUAUGUUCCAUAAUAUUCCAAACAAGAGCGGGAAAAGAUAUCGAGUCCAAGUCUAAAGUUAGAAAAUUAUCUGGUAAGAAUUCGAAAUGUAUUUUAUAUAUGUAUAGUGUAUUUUCUCCUGUUUUAGAAUUUUAUACAUGUCAAUGUAUGUGUGGGCUACGGUGCCGUCCGUUCACAUCCAGUUAUAAAUCAUUAUAUAAACCUCCCCACUAACACAAAAUUAUCCAAAAUCUAAAAAUGGCAGAACGGAGAAAAGAAACGUUACCGGAGCAAGAACAAACCUCAAUCCAUGGGGACAUUCUGGAGUCCGUGUUCGGUCACGUGCCUCUCAUUGACCUUGUGCCUGCUUCCCGUGUCUCCAAGUCUUGGAAACGCAGCGUUUCUACUUCUCUUCGUUAUUUCAACAAAAUCAAACCUUGGCUUAUUCUCCACUCUCAGGCUACUAGAUCUCCUCACUUCAUAGCCUCGCACGCUUACGAUCCUCGCUCGCACGUGUGGAUUCAGAUCCAGCAACUGCCUAUCCAUCACGUAUCUGCCCUCCGAUCUUCCCACUCCACUCUCCUCUACAUGUUAUCACCGUCCAAAUUUUCCUUUUCUUUUGACCCGUUGCAUUUGACUUGGCACCACGUUGAAUCCCCACUCGUGUGGAGAACUGACCCCAUCGUCGCAGUCGUCGGCCACCGUGUGAUAGUCGCCGGAGGAGCAUGCGAUUUUGAAGAUGAUCCUUUGGCUGUGGAAAUAUAUGACCUGAAGACGCGUACAUGGGACAAAUGCGAGUCCAUGCCUACUGUUCUCAAGGACUCCGCCGCCUCCACAUGGCUUUCCAUAGCAGUAAACGGUAAUAGAAUGUACGUUGCAGAGAAAAGCUCCGGCUUGGUUUUCUAUUUCGAUCCGGAAACCAAAUCCUGGAAUGGACCAUACAAUUUGCGUCCUAAUAGAGAUUUGUCCAGCACCUUUAUUGGAUUUUCUAAUGACCGUCUGAUUUUGGUCGGUCUGACUGGAGACGAUGAGGAAGAGAUCACUGGAGUGAAAUUGUGGGAGCUAAACGUCGCGUCGUUUGAUUGCUGCAGAGAAAUUGGUGAAAUGCCUAAGGAACUAGUAGAGAAAAUGAGAGAAGACUCUUCUAGGGUGUCAUCGGUGGUUGUGAAUGUGAUGGGAGAUUUUGUGUAUAUAAACAAUGCCUGUGCUCCUGGAGAGGUAUUCCUUUGCGAGCUUGGCAGCGGCGCGUGUAAAUGGAACAGUGUAAGGAACGUGGUGGUGAAUGAUAAGUGUCGUUUGGCUGAGAGGUCAGUGUUUUCUUGCGCUAACGUGGGAUUGGACGAUUUGAAUAGAGCGAUACUGGUGCAGGGUACGGAAUUCUCUGUGGUAGGUAGCACAGGAGAGCGUUUGUGAUAUACAAAAUAUUUAAAAAUGAUUUUUUUUUAUUUUUCUCUAAGGAGGAUAACAAGGUAGAUGAAGCGAAUUUGAAAAUGGAGAAGUUGAAUUUAGUAACAAAUAUUGUAGCAAUAAAAAAAGAUUACAUUGUGGUUGUGAUUAUAAAUAUUUGUUUCUCAUUAUUCAUUUUUCAAUGGAACUGUCAUCUAAAACAA